AUGGCCACUACACAAGCUAUUCUGGUCACUGGCGCGACUGGUAAGCAAGGCGGUGCGGUACUCGACCAGCUUGCUUCGCAUCCUUCGAGUUCCCAAUACACCCUCCUGGCACUCACUCGUGAUGCCAACUCCGGUUCCGCCAAGAAGAUCGUGGAGCGUCACCCCGACGUCAAGCUGGUGCAGGGGAACCUAGACGACUGUGCUGCACUCUUUACAGCUGCCAAGUCCAUACUCAAGGAAGCCGGUCAAGAAGAGCAGAUCUGGGGCGUCUACUCUGUUCAAGUGUCUCUCGGCAAGGAUGUAACCCACGAGAGCGAAGUCGUACAAGGCAAGGCCCUGAUCGACAAGUCGCUUGAGGAAGGCGUCAAGCACUUUGUGUACUCUAGCGUCGACCGCGGCGGCAACGAACGCAGCUUUGAGAACGGUACACCAAUCCCGCAUUUCCGGAGUAAGCACGAGAUCGAGCAGCACCUACUCGAGAAGGCUGGCAAGAACGGAGAGAACCUGGGCUGGACUAUCCUGCGGCCAGUCGCUUUCAUGGAUAACCUCGCGCCUGGGUUCCCGACCAAGGUCUUCCUCGCUGCACUCCGGGAUACACUGCAGGGCAAGCCACUCCAAUGGGUGUCGGUAGAAGACAUUGGCCUCUUUGGUGCACGAGCAUUCAGGGACCACGAAGAAUGGAACGCACGCGCCGAGGGUCUCGCCGGGGAUGAGCUUACAAUGGAUGAGAUGAGCGGAUGCUUCGAGCGGGUUAUCGGCAGCCCGCUACCAGCAACCUACGGCAUGUUUGGUUCAGCGCUCAAGUGGGCUGUCACAGAGGUGAACGUCAUGAUCACCUGGUUUGCGGCGGAAGGCUAUGGAGCAGAUAUCAACAAGCUGAAGGAGGAAGAGCCAAAGCUGUGCGAUUUCGAAACAUGGCUGGCAGAGAGGAGUGGAUGGAAGGAUCAAUCUAUCAAGUCGUAG